CUGGUCGUGAGCGGGCGUAAAGUGCUGUAGCGCAUUUUCGCACCCUCAACAUACAUUUCCGUCAUCCUUUCCAGCAGAAAGCUGGCGUUUCGUGUGAGGAGGUUUGUGUGUGUUUGUUGUUGUGUGCGGGUGUGAGCGAACAUUUCGGCUUGCCGGCUCGCGUCUUCUGCCGGGUUGUGUGUGCGCGCGCGCUUCUGCAACCAAAACCAACACCGCCGAACCCGAAUCAACGCAUCCUUGGAUUCGUCGUGAAUGAUGACGACCGAGUGUGUAGGUGUGAGUGUCGCGAUUGCUCGCACGACGUAAAAGGAUUCCAGCGCACGCCGCGUACCGUGGUGACCAAGAUGCCCGUUGCUUGAUUUGGGGAAGUUGGAAUUUUUUGGCAAAGAUUUUUUGGCAACCGCUUCGAUGGAAUGUGUCCCUGACGGUGGACCUGAGUGCAUGGCCAGAAACAGGGAUGCAGUAACAAGGUGCAAAAGUGUGCGGGUGUGUGUGUUUGUGUGUGAGAUGGAGGAUAAAAAUGGAACAUCGUGUAAUUAGUCGUGGCGUUUGCGAUGCCGAAUGUUUGUGAUUCUUCUCGUCCCCGUUCGCCGACCGAGACGCGAAAAGCAUCGGCACGUGAUUGUGGAAGAUUUACUGAGAAAAAAAACGUGGUGAACGCGUAAACAUAACGCUAGCGGCGAAACAUACGCCGAAUGUUUGUGACAGAGACCUCCAUGUACCUUACAAGGAACCGUUAGCGUCAUUCGCCGUGUGCGUCAUCAGGCAGUGAAAACGUUCGAUUUGCUGCAAUUGUGGAAUUAUCCAGAGCUGCAGCUUUGAAGUGAUGUCCGUUAUGAUUAAAUCAAUAUACAGUGGCAAGUGUUCAUAAUACGUAAAAGUGAGUGAGUGAAAACUUAACUUCUCAUAGCAUUGGUGCGGUUCUUGGUGAAAAUUAGAGGACUUCUGACUUGAGGUGCCAAUAGCAAGUCCAGGAGUGAGGUGUUGUGAAUAGCGUCCUGUUAAAGUGCUAAAGUGUGCCCAAGUGGUUAGGGAAGAGUUUUAUGAAAUGAUUCACAGUAUUGUGUGUUUAACAAACGAGGUGAUUUUAAUUACAAAUCAAGUUGUGUAAACAAAGUGCUAAUUGUGGAGCUUAAUAAAUUUCAACGGAUUAUAUAAAAGAACAAUAUAAAGAGGAUUUUCUUAGAAAAUUGUUGCCUGUACGUGUUUGGUUCGAAAAGUCUCCAGUCCAGAGGAUAUACCAUCACAGAUCCUUCAUCGGUUGAACUGAACAUCAUACUUUAAAGGUAGACAUAAUUCCCUCACCGCGCAACGUCUUUCGCCAGCCCUCGACACAAUGAUGUACUCGACAUAUCGAAGGCAACCACCGAAAGGAUUGCUCCAAAAUACGUAGCCCCGAGCCGAUUCCUACGGUUCGGCCGUCCGUCGGCUACCAAGGCUUAUGACAUGCACUUUUGUGCCGCGUCAUACGCCCACUUGCUCAAUGACUUUGUUGUUGGCUCUAGUCUUUGUUCUGUCAAACACUUGCGCAAUUAAAGCACACCCAAAAGGGCGAUCCUUCACCAUCGCCGUAGUGUAGCCUAACGUAACGUAGUAUACUAUAGCAGCAUCAUCACCUACUAGACCCCAUCUUUCGGCAGUCACUCAUAGCUCGACUUCAGCUUCACGAUGUCCAUAACUGGUUCACUGGUGGGGUACGAGAACGGUGGUGACAUAACGAUGGUUUCGAAGAAGAACCGAUCACUGCUCAACAUCACCGCCACCUCGACCGCUUCGUCCAAGCAAUGCCAAAGUCUCAACUCAAGCAUAUCGCACAGCAGCGUCGUGCUGACGAGCAACACCUCCACCCAGUACGUGACCAACGCUGGCUCACUGCGGCGUCAGACACACGCAGCCGAUAUCAACCCGGGGAAGCAUCGGCGCCGGCGGCUUCACCUCAACACGCUCUGGUCCAUCUGGUACGGCAUUCUGAUGACGCUGCUGCAGGGAUACCUGAUCGUGCAGGGUACCCACCGGUACAUCGGACUAUCCGCGCUAAGCUGGAAGUACGAAAAACCCACCACCGAGCUUGACAUCCAGAUCGUGUUCUGCGGGCUGGUCAUCCUGUUUCUGCCGCUGCUCCUAGCUUCGGCACUGUUUCGCGUGGGCAAUCUUGCGAACGAUGGUAUGAAGUUGGCCUCAGGCACCAAGCUCUGGCACGGUUCUUCGUCGUCCAACCAUGACGGACUGGAGGAGGAAGCCUUCGAAGGAACUUUGCGGUCUCUUUGGAUUCACGGUGGUCCUACAUCGGCCUUCAUACAUAUCAUCACGGCAAUCUGUCUGCUGCUCCCUCGAUUGCUGCUCGAAGCAAAAGUGAUUGAAAAUGGACUCCUCCCAAGAGAACACGUUUGGCGCACGGAUCUCGAUUUUAUGGUCACCCACAGCGAUCGUUUGGUGGUGCUAUCGUUCAUGACCUCCUCACCGACGUACCCGAACACGACCACAGCACGCCCGCCGAUGAGCGAGCUGGAGCGCAAGCUGUACCGCAACGGAUACUUCGAGCAGAGCGAUCUCGUGGAAAAGUUCUCCGACUAUGACGAUGACAUCGCUACGCUGGACACUAGCGACGAGGCGUUCCGUACGCACGAAGCACUCGAGAUGGGCACACAGCUGUUCGCUGGCAGCUCCUCGAUUGCUAUCUCAACGAUGGAAAACUUCAAUGUACCGGGCGAAAAUCCAACUACACUUCACACGCUUCCACCGAUGCGUAACCUCAUCACCACGACGACAACUACAAAUGCACCGAGACUUAAACAACCGGUAUCUACCCUGGGCACCGUGCCGAACACAAGCCUAGAGCGAUCCAGCAGUCGCGAAAGCCGUCGACGAGAUCCAACCCGUAACAACCAUCACCGAAAGACGUCUCACUCGACGACGAUCGGGAAGGGACACGUUGGCGGGAAGGGGAAAUCACAUCACGCCAACCAUCACCAACACGGACAGCAUCAACAAGAGCAUCGGAAUCGGUACACGGAAGAGAUCGACACGCGGUUGGAGCUGGAGGAACAGCAGGAACUGGACUGGAGUUUGCUCAAUCAACCCGAAGGUACACCAACGCUCAUCGAAGCGUCCGCCGGUGGAAAGCGAGUGUCCAGCAAAGCGAAACCAUCCGGCACGAGCUCUCCAACAAUCUCGGCCCCACCCGGUACAACGCGAGGCACUAUCGCAAAGUCCGACUCUAGUCAUCCGAAGCGUCCAACAACUGCUCAACCAAUCUCCACGACGACGACCACCACGACCACUGUUCCGAAUGUAACGAAAAGGGUCACAACUACCACCACCACCACCAACAAGGACAGUGACAUUCACAUCCUGAAGCCGGUGAAUAUCCCGGAAAACAUUAUCCCCUCCACGCCGGUCACGACCAACUCCAAGAUUAUCGAGAUCAAACCGAAGUCCAGCACGACAACCAGCACCAGCAGCGCGUCCGGAGCGCUGUCCAGAGCGGCCACGAUCAGCCGCAAAAGCAGACACUCGGAACCGUUGUCCGCGAUGGAAACGUUCAGCAGCGAAAGUUUGGAAAGCAUCGAAAACAUCCCGAGCGUUGACGAGGACGAGUUCAUCAUUAAGGAUGAGCACGGGAUGGAGAUUAAGCCAGCGUUUCUGAUCGGUGCCGCACCGGGCAACUUGACGCUGCGAUCGAUGCAACUGUCCGGGUUUCCGGCCAUGUUGGCUAAGAUCUUCGGCUCACCGAGCGAGCGUCAGUUUGGUGCCGCAUCCGCGUGGGCCGGCGUACCGAGCCUGGAGUUUGUGAAUCUUGCCAUUGCGCUAGCAGUGUGGGCCGUCCGCUAUCCGUCCGUCUUUUGGCACACGUCCAAAUCGUUCGCCUGCCUGUUCAGUCUGCAGAUGAUUGCGAACGGGGCGGACAUUCUGCUUAGCUUCGCUGGUGCCAGUGUGCUGUACAAGCUGCAAACCCUGGGCCAAGCGCUUCCACUGCAAGCCCCGGCCCUGAUCCUGAACGGGACCGUCACGAUCGCACUGACCAUGCUGGCGCUUAUCCUCACGAUAGCAUCCUCGAUGGUGCUGUAUCUGUACGGGCAUGGGAAGUUGGCGGCGAGAGUGCGCGAUCGUCGCAUGAUCACGGCCAAACAGAGCGCAGACGUUUGGGCGUACUUUGCGCACUGUUCGUCGCUCUGCUUCGUACUAGCGCUGGCCGUCGUUAAGGCACCACUGAUGCACGAUCUCAGCGCCACCUAUCGGGGAAGUCUUGAUGGGGCUGUACUCGCUGCUGCUCUCGGUUCCGUGAUACAUCUAUUUCUGUGGAUCGUCCUAUGGCUGGGACUGACGGCCAAACGACGCUGGCACUUCAAACUCCCCCCACUGGACGGUGGUCGACUGGUUGGAGCGGCCGGUGCCUCUAGUCAACCGUUGCUGCGUGGAAAUGGAAGUCUCCGCUCACCGAACGGUACCCCGGUGAAUGCUCUGCAGGGUGGUCAAGGCGGUGGACCUGGCAGUGGUCCGGGCGGUGGCCCCGGCACGGGAUCGGGUGGCGAAGAGGAAACGAUCUACUGGCCGAAGAUUGCGCCAAACUCGCCGAAGCUCAAAGUAACAUUCAACGAAGUAACCAGUACGUCCUCCGAACUCGCUCACGGUCCUCACGAACAUGGCAACAAGCGCCAUCCGUCCGGUGGAACCACGAUACGUAUGUCCAGUAUUACGGGGGAAGCUGAUGACGGAGACUACGCUACGCUAAGGGGCCCAACGGGCGAUCUGCUCCAUCUCGGUCCGUACGAACAUCCCGCACCCUCUGGAUCUCCUCCACCUCCCCCACCACCACCUCCCCAGCUGCUGGACGAUUGUGAUCUGCUGGAUGAGGCCAGCAACAGUAAUACGCUCGUCGGAAGUGCCAACGAUCAUGCAGACGACACGUCGGAGGAGGGCAAACUGUUGGCCUGUGUGCGGGACGACAGUGUCACGUAUGCGUCCACCCGGGACCUCGAGCCUCCGAUCACUCGUACGAUGUCACGCGAAACGUUCAUGCGAUCGCCGGAACAGCUCAGCAGUCCGCUGGCGCCGGUCACCGUUACCGUGCACAACCAUCUGGAGAAUGCUGCUCCCGGCUCAACACCACGCUGUCUCCGACGGGCAGACUCCGGCAUGCCAACCGAAGCACUCACGCCCCGGUCCGAUUCCACCUCGACGGAAAGCUCAACCUCACCGCCCGACUGUCGCGAUGCGCCCUCCGAAACUUCGAGCGGUGUACACUCGGGCGAAGAGCGUGACGAGGUGGUCAUAAGACCCCGAUCGGGUCCUUACAAAUCCAUCAUCAAGGCUCCACCGCCCGCCAUCCAGGAGGAACCGUUCGGACGCUCGACCAACAUGAAGAUGUCGAGCUUCAACAAGGAUGGCACGAGCGCGACGCUUCCACUAACCCGCGGUGCUUCCGACAUGCACCGAUCGGACUAUCCGCAGUGCAGUACGAUGCCCCUGCCGGCAGGUUACCAUCAGCAGCAGCACCAUCACUAUCACUCGCAGGCAUCCUUCACGCCGCCCCAUUCGGGCUCGCGGCAACAGAUCCAACCCCAGCACCGUACGACCCUUCCGAACGAUGUCCGUUACGCGACAUCUUCCAACCAGUUCCUCAAGCGGCUACCGUACAUGAAGAACGCAGAAUCGCCCUACGGACAUCUGGGACUCGGUGCCGGCCAUCAUACCUUCUCCAAGCUUCUGCAUGACCCGCUCGCAAUGCCAUCGACAGGGGUCGGUAUGCCGGUGCACUCGCACUCGAACCACAGCACGUUCCUGCCGCCGGCCACCAUCCCGGAGGAUCGUGAUUCCGCCAACUACUCCAUGAUCUCCGACCAGGAUCGGGAAAUGUACAUAAACGCGUCACAGAUCAAUGGCAUGCAGAUGCAGCAUUAGAGAGGGAGAGCGAAGGACCCCAGAUCUCACGUAAUUCGUAAACCUCGAAAUCAUAAUGGCGCACAAUCUAUUCGCAUCUUAGGGAGAAAAUCCAAGCGUUUGGUUUCUGUACAAAGUCAAAAGAAAAAAAAAUCUCACACUCAUAUAGAUCUUGUAUACUUAGUGCUAGGGCAUCACCUAAUCCAGUUUUUCUUUCGAAGACCAGUUCGUGUACAUAAACCCAUUCCCCUUCGAUUAGUGUAGGACAAAAAGAUCGCAUUCACAAUUGUUCCCCGAUACGGUGACAUCAUCCUUCAGCUUUAAUGCUAGCCGAAUAUGCGCCCCCUCAUCCACGUAGAUGAGGAGAGUCCCCGUUUCUUCAUCGCAGCCCUAUCUCCCCAGAAGAUACUCAUUGUCCACUACUCAUAAUCACUAGCUUUUGACUGCAUUAUGGGGCGUUAAGGUCCAUACUAAUAUCCGACAAAAGACUCUUGUAGACUGCACCGCCAAAGCAUAUCCUCUAGACACUCUGACCACAACCGAUGGAACCACAAUCCGAAUCUCGUCAUAUCACUGUUUUAUCUCGCCAAAAAACCCCCCUUACAGAGAGAGCAAGCAAGCAUAGAGCAUAUAUUUUCAAACACACACACACACACACCUAAUCAUGGCCUCAGAUUGCCCGUAGUCGGAUCAAAUGUAUUUUGAGCGAUUUAUACUCACACUAUCAUUAGUAGCCCCAUCUCAUCCCGAGCAAAACGCUCAUUAAUAGUUCACCCAUCAGCAACAACGAGAUGGCCAAAACCCAUAUACAGGAAUCAAUCGAAAGAAAAAACAACAUGGCGUCCGGGGAACAGGCCAGCCACGAUAGUUGGAUGAAACACAAGAUUUUGCAGCAAAACAAGUAUUGUAAAACCACAGGACAAUAUUAACAUGAGACCGAUUUUUCGCUUUCUACUUCUACCACUACCAACGGCGGCCGGUUUGGCGCGGUACGGUAGUGGAACUUUAGCGUACAGUAUACAUAUAUAGGAACUAAUAGGUGUAUUGUGGCAGGAUGUUGAACCCGAACACAAUAAGCUAACCAUAUAGAGCAGAGGGGGCGCGAAGAGAGAAACGUACUCACACACACACAGACACAAAUGAUCAUCAAUAUCAGUAACUGAACGAGCUCAAUACAUCCAUCUCGUAGGCAGCAUUCGACAAGAUGGCGACCCUAGUGGAAGUCUCCCCUUGUUCGGUGUACGAUAAAAUUGGCCGGUCGGCGUAGUCAAAAUUUACAACCACCAUUUUACCACACGGUCGACGAUUUUGUAACGCAAAUUUACAGCCGAGCAGGGUGAGCAGGUGAAAGCUCUUCUAAUAUCAAUAUCACUCUACUACCACUACCUAAUACUACUGCUACUGUCACAUUAGUUCAGCUUUUUGCCAGCAGGAUGGAGCAAUGGAAGGCCAUGUGAUGAUGAAGCAAAGGGAGACACUACACUGUAAGGCUUAUUUGCAUUUUAACUACGCUGAAGAAAGUAGUAGGAAGCAUCACGCUAUUAUCACUACUAUCACUACUACAUCCGGGGCUAAUAAUACUGAUGGUGGCCAAGCGGAUGGCUGGCCCGUAAAAGAGAAAAGCUUAUUUAUAUAUAGACCCAAAUAUAUAUAUACAUAUACAUAUACACAUAGGACAGAGUGCGUGCGUAAGCUAACGGCGCUGACCAUGCUGUCGCAGCCACGUGGCCGAGCAGACGGUGCGAGCGAACGUGUUGGCGCGAAAGGAUCAUGGAUGAGAAACCGUAAUAUUUAUUUGUAAGCUUAUGUUCUUCAACCCGUUUCUUAGUCAAUGUGGCGUACUGCUGCUUCUUUUACGAAUUUAAUUUUCCCAUCAUUAGCUAAGGACACUAGGGAAAACCAAUGUAAUGUACAGGUUGCCUUAGCACGGGGCAGCGCAAACGAGCUUUCGAGCAACAACCUAUCAGCUGCUAAGAAAGGAAAGGAAUAUUAAAACGUGUAACAACACACCCGAAUAUCUCGAAUAAUAACUUCCCAAUUGGCAGUUUUAAUUUGUUUUCAAAAUUUUGUUUUCCUUAAUGCCCGGGCGGAUGCUGAUCAACGCCCAGCGGAUGGGGGGGUGAAGGCUGAAUUCGUCGCCAACAUAAGAAGACUGAUUAGAUUGGUUUUCAGCACGCAUAUGCCGAACGAGCUUUCUUUGUGUCUUUCGCCGAUUUGUUUUGCGAUUUUCUUGGGGUAUCUGAUUUCGUUCGUUAGUUCGAUUGUGUAUAGUAGAAAUUGUGACAAAGCAAAAGCGCAUUCAAAUGUGAAAUCUAUCAUCAUUAACCGUACGCUAACAGAAAAUGGUGCAAUUCCUUUCUCUACUUCCGGUGAUCUCUCUCUCUCUCUGUAUCCCAUUUCCAUUGGAACGCAUGACGCUGUAUAGAGCUAACCUUACAUCGAGCGCCAUCCGGGGCCCACGUAAAAGCAAACGGAAAACCAAACCAAAACACUGAAAUAAACCACCGCUUUAUGUAAAUCUAA